AUGGCCUCAAAUACUGAUAACUGCUGUCCUUGUCAAAACAGGGGAAAAUGCAAGAGCUGUGAAUGUAAACAAAGGGGAUGUACAAACUGUGCAAAUCCCUGCUGCCAGUUUAAAACAGGAUCAACUGAACCGAUACGUCAUCAUCCAUAUGCGCAUAGCAGUGCAAGGAACCGUGUUAAAGAAGAAGUAGGACAAAGUGCAAACCAGGUUAUGGAAGCUGCCUCUAUGCCUGAAAAUGCAAGGGAUGAAGCAGAUUGUGUUUCACUGUUGACUUUAGUGGACAGAAUGGGGAAUAAUGAAGUUCGGGAGAGACUGAAAGCAGCAACUUUGGCAGAGCCAAACUUCAUUAGACCUUUUCUAAUUGGACAGCAGAGGGAUGCUGGGCAGGUUCCCAGGGGCUCAACUUCAAAUCCAGUUUGGUGUACAUGUGGAAGAUGUCAAAUUUUUGAUGACCCCCGCAUGAACAUCUGCUGCAGACAGUCUCAAUGUAUCACAUCAAAAGCCGAAUUUCGAAAUCUGUGUUUGAGACAUGAUGUGCUGGAGAUUGCCAACAUUUUGAAUUGGAGCUACCGCACCAACCAGGACCCAAGUUUCAGCGGCUCCACAUUUAGAAACCAAGCCUACAGAAACUUUAUUUUGUGGCAGCAUGGUCGUUUAGGUGCUGGGAGACGAAUCCCUGUACCAGCCUGUGUCUGUCGGACAGUGCGCCAGAGAUUUCCAGAGCCCAGUGGACAAUACACUGGCUACCACUCUGCACACUCAGAUUCCGAAUAAAUAUUGAUAAAAUC